GAAAGUUGGAACAAUACAUAGCAGGCUUCUACAGGAAAUCCAAACAUUGGUUUCCAAACCGUAAAAUAGAAGCUGACCAAAAGACAAGUCCUACCUACAUACUUUCUUCCUUCUUUCUCUCUCUAUAUUUUCUUCUUCUUCUUCUUCUUCUUGGCUUUCAAUUGCGGAGAAAAAAAAAAAAAAGCUUUAGAAAACUUCCUCUACAAGUUUCUCUGUAACAGUUUAAAAAAAUCUCUGAGAUUUUGUGCGUGCUGUUUCCAUGGCCGGCCGUUUCGAGAAAAACCCUUUUCAAGAAGAACAAGAAGAAGAAGUCAAUCCCUUCUCUGAUCCAGCAGUUAGGGGAAAGGCAUCAGGGCAGUCAAACUAUGGUGGAGGUUCAUUUUUCACUACAAAUCCUGGAAACUCAAGGCUUUCACCUCUUCCUCCUGAACCUGCUGGUUUCAAUUUUGGCCAUGACGCGACAAUUGAUAUACCUAUUGACACAACUACAGGGGGACGAAAUUCUAAGGAUUUGCAAAGGAAAGAGAGAGAACUCCAAACUAAGGAGGCUGAAUUGAGAAGGCGGGAGCAGGAAGUAAAACGGAAAGAAGAUGCUGCUGCACGAGCUGGAAUUGUUCUCGAGGAGAAGAAUUGGCCUCCUUUUCUUCCAAUUAUUCAUCAUGAUAUUGCAAAUGACAUACCAAUUUAUUUGCAAAAAUUGCAGUAUACUGCAUUUUCCACAUUCUUAGGAUUGGUUCUUUGCCUUACUUGGAAUGUCAUAGCUGUUAGUACAGCAUGGAUUCAGGGGGAAGGGGUAAAAAUCUGGUUCCUUGCCCUUAUCUACUUCAUAGCAGGGGUUCCUGGAGCCUAUGUGUUGUGGUAUCGGCCUCUUUAUCGUGCGUUUAGGACUGAAAGUGCCAUGAAGUUUGGAUGGUUUUUCAUGUUUUAUAUGCUUCACAUUGGCUUCUGCAUCUUAGCUGCUGUUGCACCUCCUAUAAUUUUCAAAGGAAAAUCACUCACAGGCAUUCUGGCUGCAAUAGAUGUUGUGGGCGACCAUUCGUUGGCUGGGAUCUUCUACUUCGUUGGAUUUGGAUUAUUCUGUCUUGAAAUAUUGAUCAGCAUCUGGGUAAUUCAGCAAGUGUACAUGUAUUUCCGAGGCAGUGGUAAAGCUGCUGAGAUGAAGCGGGAUGCAGCAAGAGGAGUUAUGAGGGCAGCACUAUGAUACCAACCCAGUGGCAAAACGCAAGAGGGUGGAUGUAUGGACAGAUUGUAUAUGCCCUUAGCCACAGAAAAUGAGGAUAGUAAUAUCAUUUGCUUUAAGUUUGCUUUUGUGUUACACCUGUUUAUAGCUUAGUUCCGAGUGUUACCUUUUGUUCAUGUGGUGUACUGGAGUACGGUUAGAGGAUUAUUAUAAACAUGGGCGUGGUGGAAAAAAGUACAAUUCUUUGUAUAUUUGAUUUGAUUGUAUGUAGAAUUUUAUUUUCCGUUCCA